GGGAGUGGGAUCUAGUGGAGGUGGGGCUGGGAGUCAGGACUCCUGGGUUCUCUACCUCUUGCUUCAGGACCCCUUGUGGUUGCUAGCCUAGAACGAGCGGGACAUGCCUUACUCGCGGUGUUACCCCGUCUGGUAACAGCGGGAUUGUCAGUGCCUGGCAGAGCCGGGGGCUGCACGUCCCCUCUAAGGCAGGACCCCGGUUUGUGCGGCCGAGCCCACACACCCCCUGCCCUGCUGUGCUGUCUGCGGUGGGGGCUGAUCACAUCCUGUCAGGGUGUAAAUCCAGCGCUCGCAUCUCCGCUUUAUUAGGUCAGGUCUCUGACAGCCUGCGAGCAGGCCCUGCUCUCCCAAGCUGGGACAGGGGUCCUGGCUCCCAAGCCGCGGCUCUCAGCCCCGUUUCCCUGGCCGUGGGGCUAGCCCAGCACGUGACGCUCAGCGGGGAGUUCCUCUGCCUGGCGGGGCCACCAUGCUCCAGUCCCCUGCCGGCUACGAGCGAAGACCAUGAGGCUGGAGCUGGGCUGCCUGGUGCUGUGGGUCCAGCUCCUCCCCUGGGGUCCAGGUUCCUUCACAGAUGCCAACUUCACCGUGGUGCAGUCUCCAUCCGAGGUGGGCGUCAUCCGGGGAGACAACACCACCCUGAACUGCACCUUCUCCCGGGGCCUGUCCCCGGACAAGGGCGCCGUCUCCUGGUCCCGAAGCAGGCCGGGAGGAGAGGCCGCUGUGCCCCUGAGAGCCCGUUUCACGCUGGCCUAUCCCAACACCUUCCUGCACAGAGGGGAAGGGACUCUGGCCAUCACCAACGUCAGCCUGGAGGAUGCUGGGAAAUAUGUCUGCCGGGUGCUGCUGUGGGGCACCGGGGAGGCACGAGGCAACGGGACCUGGCUGCGUGUUUAUGCCCGACCCUCCCACCCAGUUGUUUUCCUCCAGUUCCACCCGAAGCCGGAGUCGAAAUGGACCCUGGUUUGCAGAACCGCUGGUUUCUACCCCCCACCUGCCCGGCUCGCCUGGUACCAAGGGAGUGUCCGUCUGCCCUCAACCCAGCCACUGCAGGAGUGUGGGGACCCGACCGGACCCCUCCAAGCUUCCACCACCCUGGACUUACCCUCAUCGGGGCCCAGAGCCACCUACACCUGUCAGGUGGUGCACCCGUCCCUGCAGAAUCCCCUCAGCACUGACUACACCUAUGACCCGCAGCACCAGGACCCCCCCUCCCUGAUCGCUGGCCUCAACCUCCUGAAAAUAGCCCUGCUGGGGGUGCUCAGCCUGGGUGUGGGGCUGGCUGCCUGGCUGAGGCCCUGCCUAGGGCGACGCCGCCCGCUCCAGGGGGGUGAGGCCCUGUCACAGAAGGAACCGGUCCGGUCAGUGCUGGGAUUUACCACCAGAGGGCGCCCUUCCAUGGGCUCCCCAUUGCCAGGAGCUGCACCGGCUGCUUGGAUUCAGGGGGGCUCAGGCAAUAGAAGGAACUGAGACUCGGAGAGGGGGAAAGGACUUGGCCUGGGUCAUCAGAUGGGGAGAGAACCCAGGAGUCCUGGCUCCCCUCCCCCGCUCUAACCACCAGACCCCACUCCCCUCCCAGAGCUGAGAGAGAACCCAGGAGUCUGGGCUCCCAGCCCUCCCCCAGCUCUAACCAC